UCUUAAUUUGAUUCCCCCAGGCCCAGUAGCAAGAGAGAGAGAGAGAGAGAGAUGGCGAGAGGAGAAGCACUGAGCGCGUACAGAGCGCUGCUGCGAGCGACUCGGAAAACGUUCGCCGGAGACUCACUGAUGCUGACGGGUUCGGCCGCCGAGGUCCGACAAAAGUUCGAGGACAAUCGGCAAGUGACCUCCGAGGCCGAGAUCCGGAGGCUCCUCGACGAGGCACGUGAGGCCUCCCAUUUCAUCGCCAACAUGAUCGUCCAGGCCAAGCUCAACUCUCGCGGCGGUUACCAAGUGAAGCCCGAUAAAGAGCAUGCAGGAGCAACACUUGAGAUUCCUUCUGAAGACAUUCUUAAGCCCGUCUAGGAGUAAUUGUGGAGUUUAAUGCUAUGUUUUCGGACAUUCUUUGCCUCAUAUUUGAGCUGUUUAUCGAUGACCGAGUAUUUUCCUCGGUAGUUUUCCUCAGUAGUGUUCCCGAGUACUCGCUCAAAUAUUCUAUUUGUUUUGGCAAUAAUUUUCUAUGAGCUCCCUUCGGUUGUUGCUGGGGGAGACGUUUGUAGUAUAGAAGAUUAAACAUUGUAGGUUGGAUCGUAUACCUUUGCGCUCUCAUAUUCCAGGAAAAAGUUAAAUGUAACUUCUAAGCAAUUCUAGUUUUACUUGCAAAAAAAAAAAAAGAA